AUGAUAAAUAGAUUCAAUAAUACCAAUUUCCAUAAUCCCAACAAUUUAUCACAAUUGGCCCAACAAAAUGUUAAUAGUAAUAAAGUCAAAAUAAGUAUAAAUGGCUGGCAAAAUGCUACUCAAAAUGACGUAAUUAAUUUUAUAUCUAGAAAAACAAGAAUUGCUGUUGUUGAUUCAUAUAUCGAUGGCCAAUUAGUUUAUGGCUUUGUAAAUAAUAUUACUCAGGCUAACAACUUACUUAAUUACAAUGGUAUAAGAUUUGCCGGCAAUGCAUUAAAGUUUAAUAUUAUUAACGACCAAAAUGGUACUGGUGUCGGUACUACUAAUAAUACUAUUAAGCUAUUAACUGAGUUUUUGUAUAAAAGGUUUAAUCCCCAAUUAAAAAUGUUAGAUUUAAGUGCAUUACAUCAAGACCCUGUUUUAGUAUCAAAUGGUUUAUUCAGUUCUCUAUCGACCCAAUCUAAAAUGUUCCCUGCUUUAAUGAAAUUAGCAGAGAGUGAAAGCGGUAAAAACCCUGCUUUUAUUAUAGAAAGCAUUAAUUUAAGUGACAACAAUUUAAAGGAUGUUAAUGGGUUGAAUAGUAUGGCUUUAACUUUCCCGACUUUGAAGAAUUUAUGUUUAGCCAAUAAUCAAAUCAGUAAAUUUAGAAGUUUAGAAAAUUGGAAAAACAAAUUUAAAUACUUGAGGGAAUUGAUUUUAACGAAUAACCCUAUUACCAACGACUUGAGUUAUAAAAACGAAAUGUUAAGACUCUUCCCCCGUUUGAUUUUAUUGGAUAACGUAUAUGUUAGGGACGAAACUAAAUUGAAUUCAAUACUAAAUUUACCAUUUUAUAAAAAACAAUUUUUUUGGGAAAACGAUCAACUAGGUCAAUAUGCAACUGAUUUUAUAUCCAACUUUUUGAAUUUAUGGGAUAGCAACACAAGAACACAGUUAUUACAAUUAUAUACUCCGCAAUCACAAUUUUCUACUUCUGUUGAUUCUUCUAUCCCCACUAGUACCACUCCUAAUUCAGAUCAAGAUCCAUCGUUUGGACUUUAUUUACCGUUGUCUAGAAAUAUUUCUAAAGUAUCUAGUUCGAAGUCAAGACUUGAAAGAUUAAAUGUCGGCUUAGAACAAAUUGAAAAGGCAUUUAGAUCUUUACCAAAGACAAAACAUUUCUUAUUAGAGAGCCCUCAUAAUUAUUCUGUUGAGUCGUGGGGAUUUGCUCCGGGAUUUAUUAUAACUUUGCAUGGAUUUUAUGAGGAAGUGGGUAAACCAGAUCUGGAUAGAGAUCUUGCAUCUAAUAGCAAUAAGUCAAACAAUAGAAAUAGAAGAUAUAAUAACAAUAAUAAUAACAAUAGAUUGGGUAAAAAAGCAUUUGACAGAGUUUGGUUGGUUAUUCCCCAAGGUAAUUCUGUCAUAGUUGCAUCAGAUAUGUUAUGUGUUAGAGCAUAUGUUGAAGGUUCAUGGGUCAAAUCACCGCCAUCACAAACAAAAGUUCAACCACAACAGCAACCAUUACAAGCUCAACAACCACUACAAGUUCAACAACCAUUACAAGUUCAACAACCACUACAAGUUCAACAACCACUACAGGCUCAACAACCAUUACAAGUUCAACAACCAUUACAAGUUCAACAACCAUUACAAGUUCAACAACCAUUACAAGUUCAACAAUCAGGGGCUAUACUGACUCCACCAACUUCAGCUGGUACCAAUAUGUCUAAUGCAAGCGCUAACAAUAUUAUCAAUACAAGUACAACAACAACAUUACAAAUUCCUCCCGAGAUUAAAUCCAAAUUAAACAUGCAACAAUUAAUUUUGGUGAAUAAAAUACACUUAGAAACCAAAUUGAAUGUUCAAUAUACUUUAAUGUUAUGUGAGCAAAGUGGUUGGAAUUACGAUGUUGCCAUUAGAGGAUUUCAAUCAAGUAUAAACAACAUUCCAAGAGAAGCUUAUGGCAUGUAG